AUGCAAAGAGUUGCGUUUUUACUCUUGCUAAUUGCAUUUUGUUUACAAGUGACAGCUUUGGAUGACAUUUUCACACAACAAGAUAUUGGAAAUUUCAUAGAUAAAAGUCAAGUGGAAGAAGUUUAUGUUUACGAACGAUUACACAGCAACUUGAUAACCAUCAGAAACAAACUUGACAUUUGGCAGGUAAAUCAAUCAUUAACAAACAGCACCAACACUACAAAUUACGGAGGUUGCAAUCCCAUUCUCUUCCAACUUGGUGACUUUAGCAGAGAUGGACCAAACGUCAUUUAUUCGAUAUGCCCUGACACUUGGCUUUCGACAGCCGUCUCCAUAACCUUCCUGACAGCUUACGUCAUUCUUCUAAUAGUAACUGGAAUUGGAUUAUACAUCAAAAGACACUCCCCUCACAUCAAGGCAAGAAACAUCACCUACAUGCUAUUGACAAUGAUUGCAAAUCUUGGAUUUAUUGCUGUGCAUUGUUUGAGAUUUAUGAUUGGAAGAAGAAUUUUCCCUUGUUCGAUAUAUGUCCUGUCGUUUUUCAUUGUACCACCUGGAAUUUUGUUACCGAGUGUGUUUAGAUUGUGGAGAUUGUACUUGAUGCAUCGAUUGAAUUUACAAAAGACGAGUGAAGUUUCGUCUCAGAAAGAAAAUAGUGCUGGAAAUGAGACAAAGGCUACAAUGCCAACAGUUCAAAGUACUAGCUCUGUUCCAGCUAAGGUUCUUUCUCCAUCCACUCCCAAUCUAGAAAAGGAUUGUAAAAAUCCUGAAACCACUGACAGUACUCAAGAUUCCUAUUCUGAUGAUAAUAAUUCCUAUUGGAAUGACAAUGAACUCGAAUUGAAAAAGAAUGCAAAAAUCCAAAUGAUUCUCAACAUUUUACUGAGCCACAAAUUCGUAAUUGCCACCUAUGUCAUCUCUUUCGUAUUUCACAUUCUACUCUUCAUCUUUUUUGGAAGUAUCGAAGAGGGAAUCAAUAGCCAAGAUCCUUCCAAACAGAGAGUCUUCAUGGGGGAAGGAGGAUUCUUUGUGUCCACUCGAGGAUGUCUCAUAUCCAGCACUAUAACCAUCAUUGUGGCCAUCGAAGCAUUAUUCUACGUUGUAAUUGAAAUUAUCUUGUUGAUUUUAUGUGCAAUUAUUCCAAGAGAUACGUGGUUUAUUAAGAGAGAAUCAAUUGCUUCGACGAUUUUGAUAUUUUUUGCAAUUAUUUUGUUUGCAAUUUGUGGAUUUAUUCCACAAAUUUCCAAGUUGACUGAUUUUUUGAUACCAUAUGGAUUUAUUGUAAUGGGAUAUUCGUUUGUGGAAGUUAUAAUGUGUGUAUUGUGUCCGAUUUUGUAUUCGAAUGGUUUGAGAAGGGAACAUUUGGCAGAAUCUGAAUUGAAACAAUUUUUGAGGAAUAAGAAAACUUUUAACAUUUUGUUGGAUUUUGCCAGAAGAAGUUACUGUCCUGAAUCAGUAAUGUGUUACGAUGACAUUGAAAGAUUCAAAUUGACAAAUAAGAGAAAUAGAAAACGAGCAGCUCUUCACAUUAUCAAAACUUAUCUGAAACCUCAUGCUCCUCUAGAAUUGAAUUUCCAAAAAUCAGCUCAAACCUACGAACAACUCAUUCAAUUAUUAGAAACCUCGCCAACCAUAGACACAACCUUUUUCGAUUCAAUUCAAUGGCAUUGUGUAGAGGACAUGACAGAUGUAUUCGAAAGGUUGAAAAAUCAAUCAAAGAAAACGAGGGAUAUUUUACAACAGUGGAGAGAGGAAGCAGGAAUUGAUCAAGUUGGAAAUGUGAAUAAUCAACAACAAGAAUUGAAAAAUACUAUGAAAUUGAUUGAUUCCAUGUCAAGUGUGCCAUCAACACCAUCUGUUGUUACAUCUGAAGCGUCGAAUGGCGUGGCCAUGGAUUCAACAAAUUCUGUAACAUUGGAAAAAGAAGUGAAAUCACCAGAGAGUAAUUUGUAAUUUCAUUUUCAGCUCAGAACUCAGUUCUCAAAGCAAAAUACCAUAGUGAUGAAAAUAAAUGAUGGAAUGAUGAAAAAUAUUCAAAGUUUAUUU